AUCCAAGCCGCCUGUAUCAGGCUUCAGAAAUGGAUGCGACGCCAGUUGUGUUCGAUGCAAACUCAGCUAGCGAUCGCCGCAGCAAGGCGACUUCAGGCGGCAGCUCGGGGGUUCCUUGUCCGUCACGAGGCAUCGGGGAAAGCGUUGCAGCACAUGCUUGUGGACUUGGAACGACAUGCUGACAUUCACACCCAACACGAAGGCGAGGAUAUGGUGCAGCACAAUCGACGCGUGCUGGAACUGCACCCACCCCCUCGACUUGCCUCGCGCCAUACGCUGUUGGCAGUCAAAACGACAACACCAGGCAAUGUCCUCCACCAAUCGACGUGGAGUUUGCAGUUUUCAAAAUUGCAGGACAUGCUAUUGGACCAAGGGCGGCACAUGGUUUCCUUUGAAAUUGGCGAUGGGCAUGCAGUAGCGCUGACAGAUCUCGGUCAAGUGUAUACGUAUGGUCGGAACGACCAAGGCCAAUGUGGAGCUACGAUAUCUCGAUCCAUGGGUGACGCCAAGGGCAGUUGCCCUCGUCCUAUUCUCGUCCAUCCUAGAUGGUUUCAGGGUGCCAAGAUUGCCAGCAUUGCAACUGGUGAAGACCAUACAGUGGCCUUGACGGACGCCGGCGUCGUGUUCACGUGGGGUGGCAACCAGUUUGGGCAGCUCGGACUUGGUCAUUUUCAAAGGAGUCUGGCGCCGCAGCAGGUCACGAGGGCCGUGGGGGUGCUGCGCCUCCGGCGGGUGACAUCCGUCGCCAGCGGAUCGUUUCAUUCGAUUGCGCUGCUCGAAACAGGAUCGAUCUUAGCUUGGGGGACGACUACGAAUCCAGCCUCGACGGAUGAAGCUAUGUCAUCGUCAGCUACACAGCCGGCGAUUCCAAAGUUGGUGAAAGCGGCCGCCGACGCCCCCGUGAAAUUCAAAACCAUUGCGUGUGGUAGCUCGUUUUCCGUGGCCAUUUGCGACAGAGGGCAACUGUAUUCGUGGGGCCAUGAUUCAGCAUCUGUGGGGGCGUUGGGGUUGGGGGAGUCUAUCGUACACCGUUCAAGCCCAACGCGACUCCCCAUUGGCACGCUGGACGGUCGCGAAUCCAACAACUCUGGGGUUCCUUCCUUCAACCAAGUGCGUUGCGGAGUCCACCAUGCCGCCGCGGUCACCACUUGCGGUACUCGGGUGUUUGUAUGGGGUAGCAACCGACACGGACAAUUGGGUGUCCCCGCCAACCAGCGGGGCCGAUGGAGCGGCGUGCGCUUGCGAUGCAUUGAAAACAUGGGGGCGGUGCUGGACGUGCUCGUGGGCUCCUACAGCACCGCCGUGGUCGUCUCUACGAAGAAGGGCAGGCAUGCCGUGUACGCGUGGGGUGAAGUGGGGCAAGUGAGUGUGCUGGAGUUUGACAAGUUCGACGUCUCAAUAUCAUCAUCCCCACUGAGUCCCGAUCGACCAAAGUCCCCCACAUCCCAAUUCAUGAACGACGGCCGGGUACUCUUGCUGGACGGGAGUAACAGCCGCCGCCAAACUUCGGCAGAUGCCGUACCCCCCAAGGUGGCGUGCUCGUGGUCGGCUAGAACGUGUGUGUAUUGGACGACCUUAGCCACCGGAAAGAGUUAUCACAAGAGGUCACGAAAACGAAGCGAAGCGGUGUGUCGUCCGCCCCUAGUGUCGAGUACCCCAGCGGAAAUCGUGCGAUCGCCUGAAUACGCUGAAGUGUCGUCCGCUAGCAGCAACAAAGCUAGCAGUGUUGUGGAGGUGCUCGCCUUUGAAUCCUGCUGUGGUGGAGCGACCACCAGAACCAACACAAAAUCGAGUGUUACCCAUGCCGAAGGUUUCGACCAAGCCCGGCACUCCAACGUCGACACGAACGAGCAGCAAAAGUGGUAA